AUGUGUCCUGCUGAAUUGAUGUUCAGAAAAAAAUUGAGAACUAAACUUCCAGAGCUGAGAGAAAAUGUUAACCUGGAUGAAGAAAUGCGAGACAAAGACAGAGAGAAAAAGGAGAAAAUGAAAGGUUAUGCUGAAAAAAGAAGGAAUGCCAAGGAGAGCAAUUUAUCAGAAGGAGACAAAGUGCUGUUGAGACAGCAGCGCACCAACAAGUGGACAACAGCGUUUGAAAUUCAACCGUAUCAAGUGAUUGAUAAACACGGGAACAGUGUAUUGGUCGAGUCACCCCAAGGUGUUCAGUAUAAAAGAAACUCUACUCAUGUUAAAGCGUUCCAGGAAAAAGAAAAUGGUCCAGAGGAAAUCGAAAUGUCAGCGACAGUACCUGAAAUACCUCCGCGGAGGGAGAAACAUCGCCUGCAGGGGAAACAUCAUCGCAAGGUGAUCGUGAUGGACGAGUGCCAAGUGGAGACUCUAACCAAACAGCAGAAACUUUGCCAGUCAAAUCCCCAAGACCUGUGCGUACCAGACAUGCGCCAAAAAGAUAUGGAGAUUAU